AGACGGCAACAAGAAUGCUUCUCUAGAACUAGAUGACCUCCGGCUAGCGUCCGGUAGUUUUAAUCAUAAGUAGAGUAGUAAACUUCAGUCUAUUUUGUCGGACAUAACGUGAUUACGUACAGGCCAUUGACACCGAUAUUAAAAUGAGGACUAUCGAAGGGAAAAUAGUUGUCCUGGGAUCACAAGGUGUAGGAAAGACCAGUAUGGUGGUUCGUUACAUUGGGAAAAUGUUCAGCCACCACAUCAGUCCGACAAUUGGUGCAUCUUUCUUUACUUGUAAAAUAAAUAUUGACGAAACAAGAGUGAAGCUCCAGGUAUGGGAUACAGCUGGCCAAGAGAGAUUCAGGUCUAUGGCGCCCAUGUAUUAUCGCAAUGCAAAUGCAGCAUUGCUUGUCUUUGACAUCACCCAAUACCAUACAUUCACUGCCAUAAAAAACUGGGUCAAAGAAUUACAAAGAAAUGUUGAAGAACCUAUGGUCCUUGCGCUUGUUGGGAACAAAACUGAUCUUGUAAAUCAGCGUAAAGUUCUGCGAGAGGAGGCCCAUCAGUAUGCUGUUUCUAUUGGUGGAACAUACUUUGAAACAUCAGCAUUGCAAGAUGAAGGUAUUGAAGAGGUUUUCCUUAACUCUGCCAUUGGCAUGAUAAAGUUAAGUGAAGACAGCCAGUGCACUAGCUUGCGAGUGUAUGAUUCCUCAGAUACCAGCAGCCCUACAGCCAUACUGCAGCCUCCCCCUCCUUUGACUUCGGCAGUGCAGCUUGAUAAAGGACCAACGCAAGGAGAGCAAGAGAGAGUGCUGGCCUGCUGCUGAAUGUAUUCCCGCCAUCACUGAAGGACCGCCCAAAAGACAUUCAUUCUUGAAAUUUGAAAAGAGAAAUAUGAGGAAUCAUGUGAAAUGGUAAUGACAAUGUUUUUAAUGUCUCUUCCCUGCUUUAUAUUUAAGGUUCAUAUGUAUUGCACCUUAGAUCUGAUAUGUCUGAGGUUUUCAGCCUAUAUUUUUUUGAGAUUACCAGCAAGCUUUCUAGAAAGAAAACUCAAAUCAGUAUUCUUAGGUCACAAAUUUGAUGGUGAUUAUUUUCUCAUGUGUUUUGGACCUGUGUUAUCAUUAGGGUUUGUUUUUAUUUUGACUCAACAUAUCUGAAAUGAUAAAUUAGUUGGAUGUUCCAUAUUACAAGAAUAUGAUGAGUGGACCAAAAUUAGUACUUAUUAAGAUGUUUUAUCAUUAUUAAUCAAUGAUUUCUAUUCAAGUUAGAGUAAAACUUUUGAGCUUUAUAUCAAAUGUAACCGCAAUUUAUCUCUGUUAGUCAUGAUUUAAUUUUAUUCAUGUAUAUUUUAUAGUAUGUGUACUAGGGUUUUUUGUGCCAUUUUGAAAGUGUGGUGGUGUGUGUUAAGACUGACAAAUUUUAUUCAUGAGGAGUUGCGAACGCCCCAAGAACAUGGAAUUAAAAAGGUGCCAAAUGUGUCUUACUCUGACAUACCUGUCGGUCUAUGGGACAUAUGAUAAGAUUCAAAGAAUGUUUUUGAGCAGUGUUGUUGCAUUCAGUAGAACAAAAUAUUAAUUUUGAGUGCCUUAAAAUGAUAAGUUCUUGGUAGAAUGAGGAAUAUGGAUUGUGUGGUAACAUUUUUAUUGAGGAGAAAAAUUGGGCCCAAUAUUACUGACGUCACAUGUUUCUUGCCAAUUGUUUUUAUUAUUAUUUUUAAUUUGUCUUGUCGUAACUUUGUGAAACUUACAAGUAGUUCAUAAUUUCCAUCUUUUAACAUUCCAUUUUGUGUUACUGCUGCUAGGCUUUUUCUGCUGUUGUUCCACUUCCAUUUUAAUGUUUUAUAGUCAGUAUUGAAUGUGCCAAUGUGCUUUUACUUUAUUCUUUCCCGUCCUUGUUCGAUUUUCACUUUAACCCAACCCUUUGUGAUACUGUGUCCUUACCUGUCUGAAAUAAAGUGAGCUUUAAAACACAA